AUGAGAAUGAUCUCCUACGCUAGAGUGUGCGUAGAGAUCAAGGCGUCCCAGCCUCUUCUUGAUUCUGUGGAUGUUAUCUUAAAUGGGGAAACUUGGUCGAUAAAAGUGGAGUAUGAGUGGCGCCCAAUAUCCUGUAUGACUUGUGGUACUUUUGGCCAUAGGUGUGCUACUCCCACUGAGGCGCCCAUGGAGAGUCCUAAAGUUAGUCCAAUUCCUGAUGCUGCUAUUAACAAGCCCUCUCUCGUGGAUGGUGCUUGGGAGACGGUUAAAAAGAAGCGGGGACCAGCGAAUCCGUCCUCUGCAUUGGUGCCCCCCCCCCCCCCGAUCUCUAAUGCACCCACUCUAAGUCUUGCAAAUGAGGCUGUUAAUACGUUCCCUGUCCCAGAACCUGAUAUGUCCUCUCGGGAUUCUUCUAACGCCUCCUCUGUAUCAGAAGCUAAUGAAGAGGACUCAGCCAGCAGUGUUGGUAGUGAUAAGGAGGAGGACUCUUCCUCCCCUGUCCCGACGGUUAGAUUGAAAGUGCCCCUACGUGAUUCUGUCAUUCCUACUCAGUCCAGGGACGCCCCUAAUGCUCAUGGUAAUGCGCCCAGGGGUAUUGACCCUAUCCAGGGCGAUUUUGUAGCCCCCGUGUCUGCUCCAGUGGAAAACCCCAGUGCAGCUUCCAAUCCUCCUUCCACCAAGAAUAUUAGGGGCCUUGGUGUCCCCCUUAAGCAUGCCGAAAUUAGAGCCCUUGUUAGAGCUCAUAAUAUCUCUUGUAUUGGUAUACUUGAGACGAAAAUUAGUCCGACUCUUUUUGAAAAGAUCUCUACUGGGCUUUUACCUGGCUGGGUGUGGACUGCCAAUUAUAAUUGUUCUCCUCAUGGAAGAAUUUGGAUUGGAUGGAAACCUCAUGAGGUAGACCUGGAAGUUAUCUCUUUGUCCUCUCAAGUUAUCCACGGCCAUGUCCGUAUUUUGGCUCUCAAUAAGACUUGCUUCUUCUCGGUUGUGUAUGGGGAGCAUACCUUUAUUGCUAGGCGUUCUCUAUGGGCUAAUCUUAUUAGGUCCAGCGAAUUUUUUGAGGCUGAACCUUGGCUGGUAGCAGGCGAUUUUAAUGCAAUCCGAUUCAACUCGGAUAGAUUGGGUAGUUCUAAUACCUGGAUACUGGCGUUUGAUGAACUUGGCCAUUGUUUAGAUCAAGCUGGCCUUGAUGACUUAAGAUAUAUUGGCCAUCGGUUUUCUUGGGCGACAUCUUUUGGUGUCUCUCGCAAGCAAAGGAAAAUUGAUAGAGCAUUGAUUAACGAUCAAUGGCUCAGCUCGUUCUCCUUCUCGGAGGCCAACUUUCUAGCCCAAGGAGUCUCUGACCAUACUCCCAUAAUUGUAUGGGAUUCUCGCAUUGGUGGAACCCCUAUGUAUGUCCUCUACCAAAAACUUAAACUGCUCGAAGGGCGUCUCAGGCAGCUCAAUAGGGAUUCUUUUUCGGAUAUCUCAACGCGUACUUCUCAAGCCAGGGCUAAUCUUACGUCCACUCAAAACGCCCUCGCUCUGGACCCUCUUAGCAUGGACUUGGCAAACCUGGAAAAGGAGCAUCUUCAGGUAUUUUCGGAUCUUAGACUCCAGGAGGAAAGUUUCUUUAAACAGAAAUCAAGGAUUAAAUGGUUGAAAGAGGGGGACAUGAACUCCAAAUAUUUCCACCAUUUCGUUAACAAGAGACAACUUCAUAAUCGGAUCCUUUCGGUGUCGGAUGAUGAUGGAGCUGUUCUCUCUGACCCGAGAUUGAUUCACAGUCAUAUCGUCUCAUUCUUUGAGACUCUUCUUAAGGCGAACUCUCCAACCUUGCGUCCUACGUGUGCAGAAGUUCGGGCUGUGGUGGAUCGUGCCCUUAGUGCUAAUCAGAUUCUCUUUCUCUCUAGAGAAGUAACUGACAUUGAAAUUCGGAACUCUUUGUUCUCCCUUGCAAAAGUCUAUAAAUGUAUUACCAAGAUCUUGGCUAAUAGGCUAGCCUUUGUUCUGCCGUCCAUUAUUAGCAACUCCCAAAAUGCUUUUGUUAAGGGACGGAGGAUAGGAGACAAUAUUCUUCUUGCUCAGGAGCUCUUUGCGGGGUUUCAUCAUGAGCCUUAUCGGCCAAAGUGUGCAAUUAAGGUUGAUUUUCAGAAGGCCUAUGACACAGUAGAUUGGGCUUUCUUGGAAACGGUUUUGCAAACCUUUGGUUUCCCUCAGUUGUUUGUUAAACUUAUCAUGGAGUGUGUUACCUCUCCAAAAUUCUCCAUUGCUAUUAAUGGGGAGUUACAUGGAUUCUUUGCAAGUGAUAGAGGUAUUCGUCAAGGGGAUCCUAUGUCUCCCUACCUUUUUACACUAGUGAUGGAAGUACUCUCUGGGAUUCUCGACACUUAG